AUGCAUACUUCCUCAUGUCUAUAUAUUUCAGGAAAAAGGCGGUAAAGCUCUGGCGCGCUGUGGGAUGUGUACCCGCCGGUAGAGCCUCUCUGGACUUCAUCUCUCUGUCCGCUGCGGCGCGGCUCUCCGAAGCGUCAGGCGGAGCGAUGGCGGCGAAACGAGGAGCCCUCAUCGUCCUGGAAGGGGUGGACAAAGCGGGGAAAACCACGCAGUGCAACAAGCUGGUCCAGGCGCUGCAGCAAAGCGGCCGCCCGGCGGAGAUGAUGAGGUUUCCCGACAGGACCACGACGAUCGGACAGCUGAUCAGCUCGUACCUGGAGAAGCGCACGGAGCUGGAGGACCACGCCGUGCACCUGCUCUUCUCUGCAAACCGCUGGGAGCUCGUGCCUUCAAUGAAGAGGAAGCUGGAGCAGGGCAUCACUCUGGUUGUGGACCGAUACGCCUUUUCUGGAGUGGCUUUCACCAGCGUGAAGCCAGGAUUCUGCCUGGACUGGUGCAUGAAGCCGGAUGUGGGACUGCCGAAGCCCGACCUGGUCAUGUUUCUGCAGCUGAGCUCGGCCGAGGCGGCGCGCCGGGGUCACUUCGGGGAGGAGCGGUACGAGACGAGCGAUUUCCAAAAGGCGGUGCAGCAGAAGUUUGAGCAGCUGAUGAAGGAUGAAUCAGUUAACUGGCAGGUCAUCGACGCCUCGCAGGACGUUGAGAGUGUGCAUUUGGACAUUGUGGGCCACAGCCAUGGAGCCAUCAGGUUGGCACAGGAUGUGCCUCUCGGAGAGCUGUGGAAGUGAAUCUGGGCCGGUGUGGCCGCAUCACUGUUUUCUGCACAUUAUGCACACUCACGUUUUCUUAACUCAUUCAGCGUUAUGGAGGAUUACACCUUCCAAAAUUAAUAAAUAGACCUUUAAACAAUUCCUUAAAUAUCAUUAAAUGCAAUUUCAUUUAGAUAUCUAGAUGUAUCAUUAAGUGUGCUAUUACCAGUAAUUCAAUAAAAUGCCAAUCAUAUAUCAUUAUUUAAUCAUUUAUCUAUGUCAUGGUCUGGAGUUGCAGCACUCCAUCGAGACUCUGAACAUCACCAGGUAGUCUGCAGAGAAAGUUGGCCGCGAGCACCAACGGAUAUUUCAGCAUGACGACGACCCAAAACUCUCAGCUGAAGUGGAGAAGGAAUGCUUAACGGGCAAAGCCAGAGUCCUUCAUUUGUUGUGUUCAUCAAAGCAGUUGUUCCCAGUAAAUCAUGGUAAUUCUGAUGCUUCAGAACAGUUUCCACUGCAUGGAAUGCUAAAUUCUGGAUUUUCCCAGAGAUUGUGACAGUUUUGAAAGGGUAUAAAUGAUUGUAGACAUGCCACUCUUUGUUCAAAUGUAAAUAAAAGCUGAGAUUUUUUUCCCCCACA